AUCACUAACUUUGACUCAGAAUGACGCAGAAUAAACAAAAAUGAAACUCCUUCGUACAGCUUUGAUAAGAGUGAGAACUGCCUACAGCUGCAGUACAAUGUCUAUAUUGAAGCAGAGCCAUAGAAAAUUGUUCUUCUGGUCAUGUGGGGCUGUGUCAGUUGGAAGUGCUGGAGUGUCAAUCAUAUGUUACCAUAGCAACAGCAAUACGGUACUUGCAAACAGUGGAAGGAAACUUGAUUCAUCAAAAUGGAUGGCUGAACCAAUUACAGACAAGACACUUCUAGAAGAGAGGAGUUCAGAAAUGAAAUAUAAAAUGGAAGCCAUGGUGAUGAGAAUUCAGUCAGAAGUUUGCAGAAAACUGGAAGAGAUUGAUGGCGACCAGAAAUUUUUUGUUGACAGAUGGACAAGAGCAGAGGGAGGGGGUGGAAUCACUUGUGUUAUGAAGGAUGGCCUCGUUUUUGAGAAGGCAGGAGUCAACAUCUCUGUGGUACAUGGAAACCUACCCCCUCCAGCCGUGGCUCAAAUGAAAGCCAGAGGCAGGGCUUUAGAGGGCAAGACAUUACCCUUCUUUGCCACCGGAGUCAGCUGUGUCAUACACCCUAGAAAUCCCUAUGUGCCUGCGAUCCACUUUAAUUAUCGGUACUUUGAGGUGGUGGAUGAGAAAGGAAAAGUCCACUGGUGGUUUGGGGGAGGAACAGAUCUAACACCAAAUUAUCUCUUUGAAAAGAUCAAUUUGGGUCCAGUUUACAAAGUAAGAGGUCAAGAUUUGGAUCGAAAAGCUGUCAACUGUAGUAAUAUCAUUGGAAAUUAA